GCCCUGAAUGACAUGCAGCAACAUUGCAACGCCGCUGAACUGCAGGCGUUUCUGACAAGCAUCGCCAGGGCACGAGGUGUGUUCAGGACUGGAGGUGGCGAUGAGACUUCAUCGUAUGAUUGCUCCAAGAGUUUUGUGGAUAUUACUGUCGUGGGACCGCCCUACACAGCACUUAUGCCCAUCGCAAACCCAGAUGUGUGCGGUUAUGCUACAGACGGUGCCAGUACUUGUGACGCAGCACCUCCCUUUGGAAACGAUGCACGCUUUUGCUGCUGUGAAGAGUUUCCUGGCGACUGUGUCGUUGAUCCUCAGCGCCACAUCCUCCAGCACAUCUUCGUCGACCACCACCUCCUUGUCAACCAGCACAUCAUCCAUCUCAUCCAUAUCGUCCAGCUCUUCUACGACCAUGUCUCAGUCGUCUACCUUAAGUACGAGCACGAGCACAUCAUCUACGCAGUCUCGCACUGCAACGACCUCGUCUCAGUCACUCACCGCAACGUCCCUGACUUCCACAACAUCCAUUUCCAUGUCUUCGACUACUUCGGCAUCAUCCACUGCAAGCUCGUCGACGUCCUCCUCCCUGAGUUCUACUUGGACUUCGACGUCGACAUCCUCACAAGUUCUGCCCAGCCCCCUCCCUGCGGCGAGAGAGCCUGGCGCUACGGGCAGCGUCGGAGCUGGGCUGCUGGUCUCGGUGACUGGGUGAUUCUGUGCUCCUUGUCCCUCUCGGGUCUUCUCGGUUUAGCGAUCCAUCUCCGAAAGCGCAGAGCUCUUGGGGCGGAUCUUCGGGACUCCCCUGCACCUCCUUCCGAGGAGGUAGAGGAGGCCGAUGAUGACUACGAUUGCGAGGCGGUGGAGUCAGACUCCAAGGACCGGGCUCCGCCGGUUCUAAACCAGGCAAAGCUGAAGAGUUGGGUAGAGGAAGACCCGACGAUGCCCAGCGGAUCUGCCGACGAUCCUUUGGCUGCCGAGUCUCCCGACAUCCAGGAUACGCCGUCUGAUGAAGGCCCGGUUGGCGGCUUUGCUGCUGAUUCCAGUAUUGCUGCCCAUGACAGCCCAAGUGAGGAGGAUCUUGCUGCGAUGAGGGAAGAUAUCGGAGAACUGAAGGGAUCUGAUCAGAGCUUUCCGGACUUCAUUAUCGAGAUUUGA